GGGGAUGUGUGGAUGGGGAGUAAGCAGAGAUCUGUAAAGUGCAGGGGUGCAAAGUAACCAAAACCCUGUGGGAAAACAUGCCUGCCUUGUCUCAUCCAAGUCAGCCGCUGUGGAACAUCAGACAGAAACAGAGGAAAUUGGGUCCAAUCAGAUGCUUGUCGGUUUUGCAGCACUAAAUACGCCGUUUAUGGCUUUUUUAAAAAAAAGAUUCUCGUGAGUGGCUGAGAGGGUCAGAUUCUCCCAAAGAGUCACUGCAGGGAGGAAUGUAAGGAGAGGAAGAAGAAGAAAAAAAAAAAGGAUACAUUUUAACCUUCCCUAAUUUGGGCCUGUUAAAAAAGGGUUAAGUGAAGCCGUUGAAUGCUGCAAGCCUUGUCAGGGUUGUACUAUUUCCUCUCGUGCGUAAGGAGAAGGGUGAGGAGAAUUUGAAGGAAACUGGGAGAUUUCAAACAAAAGGGGGAUCUGGAGCAGAACCUCCAAGGUUGACAAUGAAGAGGCAGAACAAGAGGCAUAAUUGCCCAGGAGCAGGCAGAAAUCGCUGUCUCGGAGACUGAGAGCUAAGGGUUCGAUUCCACCUGACUCCCCCUACCUAGUUCUGAAAUCCUGGCUCAAAGUAGGCAAGCCAGGCGGCUGUCUGCAGCUGAAGAAAGGACGUUAGAGAGUCUCUCUUUCGGAGGGAAAAUGGUUGGUUGGACUCCUCUGCACUAAGAAACGCCAGCCUCCGAAGAAACGGCCCAGCUGUCUGAGAUGGUCUGGUUUUGACCAAGUUAGAUGCAGGGAACCUGAUGACACCAUGUUGUGCCGGGGACUCGGGCAUGAAAGUCUCAGUGACAGUUUCUGGCCGCAGAAGUUGAGCUCACCUGGGGCUUUUUGUGGGCUGUUUGGAGAGCCAGGCUCAGGAGAUGAUGCUGAGCAUCCCCCCCAGCUGUCAACAGAACCCCCUGCAAAGCCGCUAGUGCAUGGGAGUCAGGGAGCAGGCUUCAUCCCAAGGCAACUCGGAUGUGCGGCAUGACCGCGAGCCUGGCGCAGUGGUACAGGAGCUGAGCAUGGCAGGGGGCAUGGUCUGCUGUUUGCCUUGGUGAGGAGAAAGGAGAUCGAGAUCACACUGCGCAGAGCCCGGCACCAGGCUGCAGCCGCGACCCCCAGCGCCAAUUCCCACGGGCAGGGUGGCUUUCGCCCUGUGCUAGGGGCCACCGCGCGUGCGACAGACAGAGAUGCAGCUCUGUGUUUUCGGGUGGCCACCAGUGCUCUCUGCCCCUCUCUCUUGUUGCCAUACGGGGCAGUGAGGAAUUAUAAAACAGUGUGCAGGAGGAAGAGGGCUGCCUCUAGGAACUGGGUCUUUUGCAGAUGCCGCUUUAAAGCACCCACCAGCUCUUUACCGUACUGCUGUUUUUUCCAGGCAACGCCACACCUCCUGAGGACACUGGGGACAUCAGGUUUUUUGCUGAGCUUAGCAUCUUUCCACCAUCAUAGAGAAAGCUUCAGACAGACACUCAUCUGCCCUGAAGUAAAGAGCUGCAACGGCCAUCAAGAGGCUUUUCCUCCUUUGCCUGUCCAAUCCCACCCCAUUACCAGACCUAACCUGCACAUUCUGGAGAGCUAACCCUCCCCGCCACCCUUCCUAGAUGACUCACCAUUAUUUUGAACUUUGAAGAGAGGAACUUAUGGGGAUCUUGGAAGCCUGUAUUUCUCUCUAGGAUUUCCCCAGAGUCAAUUAAUCUGUGUCACUAAGAGACACUGAGAUUUGCUUCUCCAGCAGGCUAAAAUAUUUCCCCCCCCGAUCAUCCCUCCGCAUUUUCAUGAGCCACUUCCAAACCUACGAACUUGUCCUUUCCCAGGAGAGUAGCCUUCCCCUGAACCUGAUCCCAGCACCGGGCAUCCGGAAGAGUUUAGUUUAAGGAUUGCUUUUAAACCUAAAUAUGACAGUUGCUACUGGAGACCCCACGGAUGAAGCAGCAGCUUUGGCAGGUCAUCCUCAGGACACCUAUAACCCUGAAACUGAUCAUGAAUGCUGCGAGAGGGUGGUCAUUAACAUCUCAGGGCUGCGGUUUGAAACGCAACUAAAGACGCUAGCUCAGUUUCCAGAGACCUUGCUAGGAGACCCUAAAAAGAGAAUGAGAUAUUUCGAUCCUCUCCGGAAUGAGUAUUUCUUUGACCGAAACAGACCCAGCUUCGAUGCUAUUUUGUACUACUACCAAUCGGGGGGCAGGUUAAGGAGGCCUGUCAACGUGCCCUUAGACAUCUUCUCGGAGGAGAUCAGGUUUUAUGAACUCGGGGAAGAAGCCAUGGAGAUGUUCCGAGAGGAUGAAGGAUACAUUAAGGAAGAAGAAAGGCCUUUACCGGAGAAUGAGUUUCAGAGACAAGUGUGGCUGCUUUUUGAGUAUCCAGAAAGCUCAGGGCCCGCCAGGAUUAUAGCUAUUGUCUCUGUCAUGGUGAUUCUAAUCUCCAUCGUGAGCUUUUGCCUGGAAACACUGCCCGUUUUUCGGGAUGAGAACGAAGACCUGCAUGGUGGUGGGAUGAGCCAUCACCCCUACUCCAACAGUACCAUGAGCUAUCAGCAGUCGACCUCUUUCACAGACCCUUUCUUUAUAGUAGAGACACUUUGCAUCAUUUGGUUCUCCUUCGAGUUCUUGGUAAGGUUUUUUGCCUGCCCCAGCAAGGCUGGGUUUUUUACCAACAUCAUGAACAUUAUUGACAUUGUAGCUAUCAUCCCGUACUUCAUCACUCUAGGGACCGAACUGGCUGAGAAACCAGAGGACGGCCAGCAAGGCCAACAGGCCAUGUCUCUGGCCAUCCUUCGAGUCAUCCGCUUGGUGAGGGUUUUUAGGAUCUUCAAACUGUCCAGGCACUCUAAAGGGCUGCAGAUCCUGGGGCAGACCCUCAAGGCCAGCAUGAGGGAACUAGGCCUCUUGAUAUUUUUCCUCUUCAUCGGCGUCAUCCUCUUCUCCAGCGCCGUCUACUUCGCAGAGGCGGAUGAGAGCGAGUCUCAGUUUCCCAGCAUCCCAGACGCGUUCUGGUGGGCAGUGGUUUCCAUGACAACAGUUGGCUAUGGAGACAUGGUCCCUACGACCAUCGGGGGGAAAAUAGUGGGCUCCUUAUGUGCCAUUGCCGGUGUAUUAACGAUUGCCUUACCAGUGCCAGUCAUAGUGUCCAACUUCAACUACUUCUACCACCGCGAGACGGAAGGAGAGGAGCAAGCCCAAUAUUUGCAAGUGACCAGCUGCCCAAAGAUCCCAUCUUCCCCUGACCUAAAGAAAAGCAGGAGUGCCUCCACUGUCAGCAAGUCUGAUUAUAUGGAGAUACCGGAAGGUGUAAACAAUAGUAAUGAGGACUUUAGAGAGGAGAACCUGAAGACAGCCAAUUGCACCCUGGCUAACACAAACUACGUUAAUAUCACCAAAAUGCUAACUGAUGUGUAGUCCUUAAAACCUGUCACCAUAUUUAAAGCUGAAGUGGAACACUUACAGCUAUUGCAUAAUACCCUGCAUUGUAGUUAAUACCGUAUGUUCUGCAGCGUGCAUUUGGUUCUGCAUGGGAAGCAAUAGUUGUGUAAGUGACUUUCUAAACUUAUUUAGACACCGAAUAAGCUUUCAUGCAAAAAUUGUUUUUUUACAUCACAGGUUUAUGGGUUUCCAAAGACAUGGAGCAUGUAGGCAUUCAAAACAAAAUUAUAUCACUUGCAGUCCCAGGGAUAUUGAACAAAAAAGUCAUUCAAGAAGCCUCAUGUAAACAACAGUCCCCACAAAUGUCAAGCAGAAAAAGUGUUUCACUGCACUCGACACAUACAAAAUAUAUCCCAAGGAAAUAGCACACAUCUAGCUUCCAAGCGUAUGGAUUCAUAAUGAAAAGGUAAUGCAUAGUUUAAUUAAAGGAACAUACAUCCCGGCGUCCAAAUUACUUUAUGGCUCAGAUUUCUGCCUCGGAAAUGCCAAGCAAGAAUACAUCAUGCAGGCUUGUGUUUCAUAACUGAAAACGCUGCAUGCUGCAAUGGUUUCAUCCACUGCAGUAUGUCAGUGUGAGACCUAGGGGAGAGACAAUUAGCAUGACAGAACACUAUUUAUUAAGUCUUAAAUUUUCUAUGCCGGUGAUAGGAAGGGACAUAAACAAAUCAAGAGCCCGCUUUUUAUUUGGUUUUUUUUUUCCGAUGACACCUUCCAUCUUCACUAUCUCCAGGGUCACCAAAGACACAUCCACUGACACAUUCAAGAUGAGUUUAAAAAGCAUCCUUUUUUAGCAUAUUGGAGCAAACUAUGCUGUGGCCUAUAAUAUAUUUAUACUGCAGUGAAAUUUAAUCAGUAAUACAGUACUGCUGCAUGGAUAUGUGUUGCAUGAAUCUUAAUAUUGAAUACACAUACAAAGAUAUUUUUUCUCAGUAGACUAUACAGUAUUCAUGUUUAUAGUGUUUAUAGAUUCUCCGAUUACUUGAAGGAGAUUCAUGGAAGUGAAAAGAAAAACAAGGCUGGAUUACGGCAAGGCAGGGGCCGACUAAAUUUGAGACGCAAGGCAAAGCUUUCUGUGUGCUUCCUGGUAUUCACUGAAACGGAGCAAAGAAUUGUGCAUGUGAAGGAAGGUGAGCUGAAAGUUAAGCAUCUAUGCUCAUCACGUGGGGAGGAACUAGUAAUUAAUCUUGGUGUCACAAGCAGAAUUCCAUGGCUGACCAGAGAUGGUACAAAGGACAGGUGGCAUUGUAUGUUAAAGACCUCCUGACUCUACUGUUCUGCCACCAUCAGCUUCAUUAUAUAUUAUCAUGUUGUAUAUAGAAAGGUAGGGACAGAUCCUCAGCUGCUGUGAAUUGGCUUUAUCAGAACCACACCAAUUGACACCAGCAGAGGAUUGGGCUUGAUGUAUGUAAUAUAUAUGUGAUAUCCAUUCAAAUGUUCGCUGAGCUUAUGCAAUAUAAUACUGGCACAAGGCAAUUUAUGGGCCAGAUCCUCUGCUGGUGUAAACGAGCUUCAAUGGAGUGACAGUGCUAAGCAACACCAGCAGAGGAGCUGGCUUGGGUAUGACUAGGUGUAAUACAGGAUAUAGGAGUUCAGGUUAGUAGUGGAAAACUAUUGCCCUGAGGCUGACCUCUGCUCCGAAACAAUAUCCCAAACAGCCUGCAGCUCUUGGGCAGAAUGGUCCAAGCUCUGCCCUCGCUGGCACGCACUGAAGUCGAUGAGAUUACAUGGGUGUCAUUGAAGGUGGGAUCCAGCCUGCUUCCCAGAUGGUCCCUUGCUUUCAAUCAGUGGGGCAAGAGUUUCCCAUUAUUCUCAAGCGCCACCUUCUAGCACACCUUUUGAAAAUGCACCCGGGCCCUAACUUUGCUGCAACUUCAGCCGGCCUGUGCUGUGUUUUGGCUCACAGAGGGCAUGCGGCCCUCUCGGCCUAAAGCAGAACUUCGCUUUGAGCUGCACCUUGUCAUCCCCUCCCAGGAUGAAGCUUCCCUUGAAAUCAAUGGGACUUUCCCCAGAGCAUGGGAAACUCGCCUCUGUGCAGAGAGUCCGCAAAAGGACUGCUCAACAAUUCAGAUCCACAGGCCAAAUGUGGUGCACCUGCUUUGCGCAGGGGUGAAGGCGGGGCUGGAUUUAAAGACUGGUCCAGUGAUUCCUCAGAACCUGGAGCACUUCUUCUGUAUUGACUCAGUCUUCAAGUCCGCAACUUCCCCCGACUCCAUUGAUUGCAAUGGAAGUUCUGCCUGAAUAAAGAACUCAGGGCUUGCCCCAUUCCCUUUACAAUCCCAGUUUUAUUCCAGAAUAGCUGGGAGCCUCCCAUUGCUCCCACGAAUGUUUCAAGUGGAUUAUAUUGACCUGUUCCCUGCCCCAUGCACAUGCUUAUUUACUUCCCAUGUUCCCAUAGUUUCCAUGUCCAGAAGUGUAGCUGACAAUCUGAACAGUGGCAGGAGAGAAAGGAAAUUCCCCAUUGUUUGAUAAACCAUCCAACAGAGGCAAUCUUCUUUUCGUACACGUGCCAAGGCAUCAGAGAAUGCCCAGCUGCAAGAUCUGUAGCGCAGAUCUCAGCCGCUAGCUAGCUGGUCAGUAGAACUCUGAAACCAGCAAUUAUUUACUGUUUUUAGGCCUCGGGCUAGGAAAGCCUUUAAGGACGUGCUUAAACUUAAGCACACACUAAGUGGUACGUUGAAUCGGGGCCUUAGACUCCCAUUGACUUCAGUGCACUUUGGAUCAGGCAAACAGAUUUCUACCUAUCGUCGUUUUCAUAGGCUGUCAUGAGAGAAGGGAUUAUUUCUAAUAUCCUUGAUAAAAUACUGGUACUACCAUAGCGUUCAGCAAUGGUUCCCAAAUCUUGCUAUGGUCCCGAUUCUCCUCUCACUUACACCAGUGUCAUGCCACUGGUCCAAAUGAAGUAACUACUGAUUUACACCCGUGCAAGGAAGAGAAGAUUGACUCAGGCCCAAUAGGAUUGGUACUACAGAACUUUCUCCAGUUAGGGCAAAAGGGCCUAACUCCUGCAAGGUGCAAAGCGCUUUCAGCUCCACUGCCCUUCAGUGGCCAGUGCCUGGCGCAACACGAUCGAUUCGGGGGUAUUUUUUUAAUAAGGGAUCUUAAUUCUCUGGCUUCACGGGUGCAAGUAAUGAACAACAGAAGUGCAUUUUUUGUCUUGUUCAUUUAAACACAAUCAUUUUUACCUCUAAAAAUAUAAAACUAUCUAAAGCAAUAAACCUUAUUAAAAGAAUAAUCCCAUCACAUUCCACAGCGAUGGUCCUAAACCAGCACCACUUGCUUCUCAGUACAAAUUCCCAGUGAGGCCAGCCAGCCUAAAUCGGUCUGUCCCCACCACUGUAGAAUCUGAGUACCUCAUAGACUUUAAUGUAUUUACCCUUACAGCACCCCUGUGAGGUAGGACAGUGUAUUAAUCCCAUUGUACAGAUGGGAAACUGAGGCAGAGUGAGACUAAGGGCCAGAUUUUAAAGGUAUUUCGGCACCUAGAGAUCUCGCCAUCUGGGGGGAUUUUCAAAAGUGCCUAGGCACCUAACUCCCAUUGACAUCUGUAUCUUUGGGUACGUCUAUACUCCAUUGUAAACCAGGUCUAUGGGACCCAGGCUUGUGGACUUGGUGUUUCCAAGCCUGUGCUUGAGUGUCCCCACUGCAUUGUAAACCUGGGUUUAUAAUUGCUGAACUAGGGUCUCACAGCCAUGCUGACUCAUCUAUACUGCACUACACAGGCCUUCUGACUCAAGUCUGUGGCUUGUGCUGCAUCCACACUACAAAAUGACAGGGCUUGGACCUGAGGCACAGCAAGACUCAAGCUCUGACCCUCCCCUGCCCCUCUGCCCCCAGCAGGGUCCUAGGACCUGGAUUCUGAGUGCUUGGUGACCAGAGUCAGACUGAUUUGCGUGAAGACCGAAGGGGGGUUUGAGCUCAAACCUGAGUCAGAACCUGGGUUUGCUGUGCAGUUUAGACAUACCUUUUAGGUGCCUAAAUACCUUUGCAGAUCUGGGCCUCAGUGACUUGCCCAAAGCCACACAGGACAUCUGUGGUGGAGGAACUGACACACAGAGAGACUGUGGGUAAAACAAAAGUGCCCAAGACUCUAACUUUCAAUAAAACUUUGGGUAAAAUUUUUAAAAGUGCCUCAAUCCCAUUGGCUUUCAAUAAGACUUAGGGUCCUGAAUCACUUAGCCACUUUUAAAAAUUGUACCCUAAAUGACUCACCCAGUCAAUCUGUGGUAGAACUUGGACAUGAACCCAGAUCUCUUGAAUACCAGCAAGUGCCCAAGCCACUGGACUACCCUGCCUCCUUCUGGACUGCUCUUUUGGUCCUUAAUGAUUUUUAUAAGCGCAUUGGGUGACCUUCUCCCCUCAUGUAGAAGACCAUUACAAGGCCUGUACAGCACCUUAUCUUAAGGGCUUAGGUGGGUUAGAGGUCUCAUGCUGAUCCUUUGCCCAGGGGUAAAUAUCAUCCUAGGUGAGUAGGGAACACCAGGAACUGGACCAGUGGUUGGUUUACCCCCAGUGUUUUGGGCCGUUGCUGUAGUGUGCUGGCGUAUUUUGCGUAAGGGAUAUCACAACAGAGAGUACAGCGCUGUUCUUACACUUAGCCACGGCUAUCAUUGUCUGUCUUUCUCUCUGGACGGACGAACCACUUGAGAUAAAAUACAGAUCUGCCCAAACCUUCAGUUAACAAGCUCUAAUCAAUGCCCUUCCCCCAAAUAUUCUGAGUUUCCCAGGAGUUUGGUGAACUUUAAAAUAAUGCUCACUGAAGCCAGGAGUGAUGGCUUAAUCCCUUCCAUUGCCUUCAGCCAGACUAAAAUUAUUACCACCUGGCUCAAUGCACCUGAAGGCAGGAAGGAAUAGAUGUGGCUAAUGACUUGCUCUGGGUAGACUGCCUUGGCAAUGGCGCAGAAUUUGAAAACAGGCCCGAUGUCAAGGACAUACAAGAAUGCCUGAGGCAACCUGCUCUGGGAGCUUUAAGAGUCCGCAGCGGGCUCACUGGGAACAGUGUCCUCAUGACCAGGGGGCUAUGGCAAACAGAAGGGGCCAAAUGUAGCCCCGACAUAAAGAGAUUACACUCCUAUUGACUUCAGUGAGGCUUGAGCCUAGAGCUCAGGGAUCUAGGUACUGUUCCUAGCUUUGUUUCUGACUCUCUUUUGUGACCUGGAAGAAGUGUUCAAAAGUGGCAUCUGAUCUUAGUUCGAGAGACUUCAGGCCUGAUUUUCAGAGCUACCAAGCAUCGAGAACUCUCUUUGAUGUCCACAGGAAAUGGAAAUCAGGCCACGGCAUCUCACAUCAGGCACCCCUAACUGUGGCACUUAGGACCCUCAUGAUUUGUCCAAGGCCACAGAGAGAGGCAGCGUCAGAGCCGGGAUUAGAACACAGGUCACUUUCUAACACCUAACCCUGAUGCGCAGAUUGCUAGUCAACAUAUAAAAUCUCUCUCUCUUUAAUGCCUUAAAAAAAUAGCAUUUGCUCAAAGGGCAAUCACAUUAGGCUGAGGAACUGGUGAAUUUCCAUCAAAUCAUAGCUGAUAGGAAAGAAAUAUCUAUGUAAAUAGUACUGUGAGUACAGGCUUUAUCAGAAAUACUUAUCUCUGCAGCUAGUUUUAUGUCCUUUUCCAAAGCCUACUCAAACACUAUGCUAUAUCAAGAAAAAGAUCCUAAGAAUGGUGUUAUGAGAGUGUAGCCUGUGGGUGUAUAAAUAUAAGCAUAUUUGUACAUAAAUACACAGAAAGAGAGAAGAAGACAGAGGAGGAAGUAUUUCAGGAAGGGUCUUGCUUUGAGACCAGGUGGUUCCUAGGUCAGCCACUGAAAUUACUGCCAAAAUCUCCUAGACUUUCUGGAGUUUGCAAUACAGUUAGAGGUGGGUCCAAGCUGAGAAACAGAUCUAGAUCCAAAUUUGAAAUGGGUUGAAUCAGACACCUUUCCCUCUUGACUAAUGAGGACAUUUGGAGUUCAGCUUUACAGCUGUUCCUUCUCUCUCUCUAGUGGAGGGAAGAAAUCCCCCAAUCCCCCUGAAACUUUGCGAGAUCGCCAACCCAAGGCUUGGGCCCAUCGCUAGUAUCUAUGUUACUAUGCAGAUGAAGCCAAAGCAAUGAUCUGAGGGAUUUUUUUGUGAUGCAAGAUGCAUCAGCUGAAUCAAAUUAUUAUAGCUGCUAGGGGAAAGUAUCCAUAGGUAGAUAUGACUGUGGGUUACAGGAUUUAUCAGAUGCAGGGCAUGUGAUUUCCUACAAUUAUGAAUUUCAACCCUGGAAGGUUUGAAUGUCUUAUAGGUCCCACAGCCCCAUGAAGAAGGACCCCCAUGCUUCCUUCCCCUGACCCCUCACAUCAGGGAGAGAUGGAGCAGAACUCAGGGGUGGAUGCAUGUACCUAAGAAUGUGGACUACGGCAUGGACCCCACAUAUUUGGAGCUGGGGAGGAGUAACUCUAUGGAGUGCAUUCUCCUCGGGAUCCUGUGAAUUUCCCACUGACCAUCACUCCAGUUCCUACUGCUGCUCAGAGCAGAGUUAAUUACCUCCCCUUGUCCUCCAUCCCCUCAACGGGGUGUGUUCAGUGUCUGUGCUCAGUAGAGGACCAAUUGGCCAUGCUGCCAGUGGGGAAAGAGGCCAAGAGCAAUGAAGAGUGGCUGGCACAGAUCCCUAAGUUUAGGCCUAGUAUUCACCAUGGAUCUUAAGGCUCUGCAUGAGCGAGAGACGGCUCGUUUCUCACACACCUUGUGCAUGCUAAUGUCUUCCCCAGAGCCAAGAACUCUUCCUGUUGUCAGAGCUCCUCUCCUCCCUUUUGCAAGUGGUUGUUGUUGGGGCUAUUCAUUUCUGCUGUGGUAGUGUCUAGGGACCCCAAGCAGGGAUCAGGGCCCCAUUCCACUAGGCACUGUCUAAGCAAAUAUCACAGACACAGUUCCUGCCCCAGACAGCUGACAAUCCCCUAAUGGGAACACCUAGCUCUCAAUUCUUUUUUAUACCAAUUCUUGGGAGCAAACCUUACACUCCUUUUGGUCUUAAGCUGAAAUGCUGCUCCCCUCCCAUGCCCUGCUCAGGGUCCUUUGUGAAGUUCAGCACAAUGGCCACAUUCUACCACUAUAAUCGCCUGCCAGCUCUCUCUCUGCAUCAGACCAUUUCUAAAAUCUUCCAGCUGCAGUCACGAUCUUGGCAUUCAGCCCUGCGUGAUGCUGGCUGGACACCCUCAAUUCCUAUUGCUAGAAAGGGUAGCUGCAAGUGCUGAGAUCUUGGCAGGAUCACAUCUUAGGACUUUGGGUCAGAACCUGAGCUAAUGCAAAUUGGGGCCAUUGGAGUUACACCAAUUUACAUCAGUUGAGCAUCUGGUCCACAGCCCAUGUAAAGGUGGCAGCAGAUAAAUUCCUUAGUUCAUGUUUCUCUUCCUGGGUAUGUUUUGGCUUCUACAGGAUGUUGAAUGUUGCAAUGUGACAACGGUUUCUUUCCAGGGUCUCUGUGUGUAUAAAUAUAUAUGGGAACUGCAUAUUCUUUCAAGAUUUGUAUGGGUUUUUUUUUUUUACCAAGUGUAAGAACUGCAAUUACACCUGCUUCCCAUUGCCUGAGACUUUGCAAAUGUCUUACAAUGUCAUAUUACUAAUCAUUGCUAGAAGCUAAAAAAAAAAGAUAGGUAUUGGCUCAAAUAAGCAUGUGUUGCCUAAUUUGAGAGAAUCAAUACGAAGAGGAAAUCCAAGAAAGACCAUGUAAUAAUGAUGCUGGAACUGAACCUUUUGUCUCCAUGGUUACUGGAGAAAUGGGACCAAUAAUGGAGAGAGGCCUAUAAACUGUGGAAGGAGGGCUCAUGGGAAUUCCAACUCAUUUAACCAUGUGUUUGCUAGACAACAUUUUAGACACCAGCUGUAUCUGAAUUGCACAGUGUGUAUAGACAGUAUCAUUCUUAUUGACGACUGGCUGGCAUUCUCAGUGGUGACUGGACACUGUUAGCUGAGAAAUCUGAAGUCAAUAAGGUGGGACAUUUGUAUAUAGAUAUACAUAUCUGUGUAAAUACAUAUUCUGAACGAACAUUUGCUGUCUGGUUUAUCCUGGAUGUACAUAAUUUAUUCUUCAUAGAGUAUCAUAAAUUUUGUAAAUAUCAGCACCAAUUAAGAAAAAAUAUGUAUAGUAUUGAGGAUUUAUUUUGGCAUCGGUUCUGUGUGGAAAACAAAGAAAAGCAAAUAAAUUUUGGACAGACUUGUCA